UUUAAGGAAAGCGAAAAGUCAAAAAUCACAAUUGAAAAGAAGGGAAUACCAUCAUUACUGCAUGCUCCAUUUGGAUGCACUAAAAUGAGAAUAACUACGGUAUUGGCAAUAUCCACAGUGGUUCUUACAACCACUGCACAAACAAAACCAAUACAAUCAAAUGAUGCUCCACCGGAAACUCAGUCUGCCAAAGAUGAAGCUGCACAAAUUUUAUUUGGAGAGCGUGGAAUUUUAACUGGCAUAUUUCGUAUGAUGGAUCAGCAACGAAAAGUUCAAAUGGCCCCACAGCAUGACAUUUCUGUUGCAGCUGACAAUGGCAAAAUUGGAAAUCCUGAUUUCAAAAAAAUUAUCGACACCUUGGUGUCCGGGUCAGCAUCAAAAGGGGAACUUGGAGAUCAUGCAACCGAACUACCUGAAGUUCUAGGAAUAUGCAAUCGGUUGAGCUGUGGAGAUAUAUACAAAGUUAUUGACAAGUUCAGAAAAUCUGAAAUGUUCAGCAACUUUCAAACAGCGCUGACGUUGGUAAAUGAUCCAAACGGUUGGGAAACAAUUGGAAAACUUUUGUCGAAUCCGGAAUUGAUCGCACAAUUUACUGCAGGAAGUGGAAUGGAAGAGUUAUUUGGAAGUGCACUGGGAACUGCGGAAAAGGAGAGUAAACUCAACCGCAACAAAAACUCGAAAAUAAUGCCGGAAGAUGGAGAUUUUGGUAUCGACUUUAGCGAGGAUGGCGAAAAUGAAAAUAUUACAAAAACAAUAGGCAAAACUGAUACAAAAAUCGACUUCAGUGUUGACAAAAAGGGCUCUGAAGAUUAUUAUAGCGAGAUUGCAAAUGUUGGAGACGAAUCCGAGGAGGAAGUUAUUGUAGAUCAAACUUUGCCACCUUCCACGAAAAUCACAAAGUCUGCAGCGGGUACAACAGAUUUCAAUGAAAAACUGCCACCUGUGUCAUUUUCCAUUGACGGUGGCGGAGAAGAAAAUGAAAACGAAGAAACCGAAACUGUGAUGACCGCUGAACUUCCACCAAAACCCCCAAGGGUUCUAAAGCGAAUACAUGCCGGAGGGCCAACAGACACAAAGGACGGAGUACAACCUGCAUCCGUUACAAGAAUUUCCUUUGCAUCUACUGCGUCACCAACCACAUAUUCCACAUCAACGACGCCAUUCUUCCGACCCGUGCUUACAACUAGACCUGUUACGACAACUACUUGGCGGACAACGCGGAGAAUUACAACUACCACUAAACCUACAACAACGACAACUUUAAGAAAUUACAGGAAGGACAACGACUAUUAUGCCAUGUAUUAUGAUGACGCAGAUAAGGGAUAAUAAAAUGAUUUACCUGUCAAAUUUAUGUAAAUACUUUGUAUUGUGAUUGUAAUUUGUUUUUUUUUUCUAUUCAACAACAUCAUUUAUUAAUUUAACUAAAUAAAAAUGACAAAAAUUAAUAU